AUGGCGUCGUGUGGCUUGGUGAGGGGUAGCGUGGGCUGGGGUCAAAGUUGCGGGGAGAAGACGACUUGGUCACGCUUCAAGACAGGCCGCAGAAAGAAUUGGCUAUGCACACACAGCGUCGUUACGAGACGACAGACGACGAAGCAGGGGAGAGAAAUGUCUUCGGCUACGCUCGGCGACGGACCAGGUCGCAGCUCCAUUGACGCGACGUCAGACUACCGAGGGGACACAGCUCGAACGAGGCAAGUCCAGUGGCUAUCCUCGGUUGUUCGGCGUCGAGGACAUGCCAGACGACGAAAAACUGCUCCUGCCGAACGAGUCCCGGCACUCAGGCGUAGCCUUCCUCCCCCGUAUAUCCCCGCCAUGCUGCGCACAGCGUCCCGCUCCGUCGCGCGCCACGGCCGCUCCCUCAAGCCAGCCAGCCGGGCACCGCACCACCUCCGCCCGCUCUCCACGACGGCCUGGCGCAUGUCGAGCGCCGCGCUGCCCGCCGUAGACCCGCCCGUGUCGACGGCCCUGUCCAGCGACUCGUUCCAGCUGCUCCCCGAAGCCUCCAAGACUGGCCAGGCCGAAGAUGCCCUCUUCGACGCGCAGGUGCAGGCCGUCCGCGACUGGUGGGCUUCGCCGCGCUACAAGGACAUCAGGCGGCCCUACUCGGCAGAGGAUGUCGUGAGCAAGCGGGGCGCCCUCCAGCAGACAUACCCCAGCUCGCUGAUGGCCAGGAAGCUCUUCAACCUGUUCGAGGAGCGCGCGGCCAAGGGCGAGCCCGUCCACACCAUGGGGGCCAUUGACCCCGUGCAGAUGUCGCAGCAGGCCGCCAACCAGGAGGUGCUGUACAUCUCGGGCUGGGCCUGCUCGUCCGUCCUGACCACCACCAACGAGGUCUCGGCCGACUUUGGCGACUACCCCUACAACACGGUCCCCAAUCAGGUGCAGCGCCUGUUCAAGGCCCAGCAGCUGCACGACCGCAAGAACUGGGACAACCGGCGCAAGAUGACGCCCGAGCAGCGCGCGAAGACUCCCUACCUGGACUACAUGCGGCCCAUCAUCGCCGAUGGUGACACGGGACACGGAGGUCUCUCGGCCGUCAUCAAGCUUGCGAAGCUCUUUGCCGAGAACGGCGCCGCCGCUGUCCACUUCGAAGACCAGCUCCACGGCGGCAAGAAGUGCGGCCAUCUGGCAGGAAAGGUCCUCGUCCCCGUCGGCGACCACAUCAACCGCCUCGUAGCCGCGCGCUUUCAGUGGGACAUGAUGGGCUGUGAGAACCUCGUCAUCGCCCGAACCGACUCCGAAAGCGGCAAGCUCAUCUCCAGCGCCGUCGAUGUGCGCGACCACGAGUUCAUCAAGGGCGUCACAGAAGAAACAGAACCCCUCGCCGAGACUCUGCAGGACAUGGAGGCAGCUGGUGCUCCGGGCAAGGAGAUUGACGCUUUCGAAGCAGCGUGGGUGAAGAAGCACAAGCUCUCUACUUUUGACGAGGCCGUCGUCAGCCACCUGCAGAAGGAAGGCGCCUCGCAAUCAUCCAUCGACGACUAUCUCAAGGAGUCCAAGGCAAACCCCAACUUCUCCCUCCUGAAGCGUCGACAGACUGCUGAAAAGUACACCAAGACUCCAGUCUACUUCAACUGGGACGUUCCACGCACGCGCGAAGGUUUCUACCACUACCAAAACGGCAUGGCAGCAGCAACGAAGCGUGGCAAGGAAUUUGCUCCUUAUGCCGACCUGCUCUGGGUCGAGACUGGCGAUCCAAACGUCGAAAAAGCAGCCAAAUUCGCCGGUGAGAUCAGGGAAGUGCAUCCCGGCAAGAAGUUUGUCUACAACCUUUCGCCCAGCUUCAACUGGAUGGGUCAGGGCUUCUCUGAGGAGUCGCUGAAGAGCUUUGUGUGGGAUCUGGCCAAGCAUGGUUUUGUCCUCCAACUCAUCUCCCUUGCGGGUCUUCACUCGACAGCUACUAUCACUUGCGAGCUCUCCCGCGCCUUCAAGGACGACGGUAUGCUCGCAUACGUCAAGCUCGUCCAAGCUCGCGAGAAGGAGCUUGGCUGCGACGUCCUAACACAUCAAAAAUGGAGUGGUGCCGGUUACAUUGAUGGCAUCUUGGGCGCAAUCCAAAGUGGAAGCUCAGGCAGCAAGAGUAUGGGUGAGGGAAAUACAGAGACAGGUUUUUAA